AUGUUAAUUGAUACAUCACAUAUUGAUCAUCUUCGUGUAAAUUUUGUUGCACAUUUUAAUACUGAAAAUAAUGCUGUUAUAGCUGCCAAUGAAAUUCUAACAAUAAUUGAUAAUUAUCCAAAAGAUAUGACUACUCAAGUUCGUCAAUGGUUAAAUGAUCAACAGAAAACUCGUAUUACGGCACCAUUAGCAACGAGUGAUAUAGCAAAAACUAUCGAUGAAUAUGAAGAAUAUUUAAAAGAAUUAGAAGAAAAUAUUCUUCAAUAUGAACGAAGUGAAAAUAGUCAAACAAAAUUAAAAAAUUUACUUCAACAGAUUAAAAAUCGACCGCAUCUACCAGAAAUUUCAAAUAUUAGUGAUAAAAAACAUAUCGAAUAUUUACAAGAACAUUUUCUUCAACUUAAAAAACAAAUUGAAGAUAUACAAAAAAAAAAUUUAACAAUCAAAACAAAUAUCGACAAUAUUAUUAAUAAUAUAAAUCUAUUAAUUACACGUAUACGAGAUAUUGAAGAACAAAUUCAGACUAAUUCAAAACAACCUAUUCAUGAUUAUGAAAGACUUAUUCUUGAUUGCCAGCGUAUUACAUCUGAACUUAAUCAACGUCGUCUACAAGUUGAACAAGCAAUUAAUAAUGGAAAACGUUUAUAUGCACCAGAUAAUAAAGAUAGCAGCGGUAUUGAUAGUGCUGCGUAUACUCGUGUCUAUCUAUCUAUCUAUAUGUAA